AUGGUCGUCGCCGACAGGGAAGAUGCAAAAUGUGUUGGGAUCGACGGUGAGAGGAGAGCAGAAUGGUGCAUGACUGCGUUCCUCUGGGUAGCAUUGCUUCCGAGAGCCAGUGAUGACACCUACAUCCUUCGCAUGCAGACCAUCAUCGAUUGCUAUCAAAGAAGAGAUGGGAACAUCGCGCAGAUACCCGAUGCCUGUCAGAUCAAGCACAGCUUGUCCAUCGUGAAUUUCCAGAAUCCUUGCAAAGUAGCCGUCGUGGGUAGCAACACUGCUACCUACAUUCAGCUGAUCACAGUCCAUCCUAGGAUGCAAACGAUUCAGCAGCUCCAAUUACUGACAGCUGCUAAAAUCCGUCUGUCCAAUGCCGAUGACAAGGACGUGCGGCACGAGGAGGAGGCGAUUCAGCGUCGGACUGUCCUUAUCUGA